UUUUCAAAAAUGCUGAGUCACUCGUCUCCACCCCCACCAACACUCCACUCGCGAUGAUGACUAAAAAGUCAGUAGGGCUGGAAUUAAUGAGGCGAUGGGAGACGGGGAAAUCUUGAAAAGAUCCACUGUGGCAAGAAUAGUACUUUUGAUUGAGUGGUUGGAAAGGCUUUUCAAAGAUACGGUGAAAUGUGGUGCCACCGUCACGGAAACAUCUCGAAAGAUCCGGAGCACUUUCAUUUUUUGACUUCGGGCUUCGGAUAGCCACAAAUCAAAUCCUCCAGCUUUCUCACUGUUUGUCACAUCCAUUCAGCUGUCUGGAUUCGAUUCGAUUGAUCAUUCAUCAUUCAUUCUCAAUAAUAAUUGAAAGAUCCACCAUGAUGAGACAGCUCUCCAUCCUUGCCAGCUUUCUGCUCUUGCCAUCGUUGAUUGUUGCCAAUCACGACAUUGAAUUGGAACGAACCGUACUGGAAGCCCAGAUCCCCAAGCCCCUAUCCGAUCACACGGCAUCUCUGGCGCAAGACAACUUGGUCUACAUUGCCGGUGGUUGCGACGAUCCCAAUGGAAACACAUUUGAUGCCAAUGCCAGUUUCUUCACCUGUGGCUCCGUUUCCGACUCGUUCUACUCCUUCAACCCGGAAACCAAAGAAUUCAAGACUCUGCCCAAUCUACCCUCUCCCCGAUACCGUCAUGCCUCUGCCGCUGUCAAUAACCAAAUUUGGAUUGUGGGAGGAAGAAGUCUUGAGGAUGGUCUGUUGACCGAUGUGAAUGUCUUUGAUAUUGCCACUCAAUCCUGGACUACAGUGGAGCUUCCAGAGGAAUACGCCACUUCAGACCUUGCUGGUUGGGCAACUGCUACACAUGCCUAUUUUGCGGGUGGAUACACUGCCAACUACACGGCUCAGACCACUGUCUUUAGCAUUGACGUGAGCUCCUUUGGAGAAUUGGCCGAACCAGAAGUUAUCCGACAUGCCGAUCUCAAGGAGGCACGUGGAGAUGUUGCUGCCACGGUCAAUUUGGGCACGGGAUAUGCCUACAUUGGUGGAGGAUUCAGUCACGAAAACAACUUUUGUCGACCCUUGGAAAGCGUCGAACGAUACAGUUUGGAUGGAGAUACGUGGAUCAAAGUCGCAUCGCUGCCCACCGCUCGUGCCGACAAGGUCAUGGUGACCUUGGAAGAUCACAUUAUCAGUAUGGGUGGAGAACGUCAGGAUGACAAUAUUUGCGACAUUGAUAAUCCCUCACCGGGAGAAUUGACUUUGGCCGUAGAUGAUAUCGAAGUAUUGAAUGACGAUGAUUCCACUUGGGAAAUCUCGUCGGCAUUGCCCGAAACACGCUUUCGCUUUGCGGCUGUGGCAUACAAAAAUACCAUCUAUACAUUUGGUGGACAACACGGAUAUGAUGAAACUUGCAACUGCUUGAAAACAACCAACGAAGUCGUCACCUACGUGGAUGUGUCCCCAGACGAAGAUGCCGGGGAUGUCUACAGCCACGAGGAUGGCGAUCACGACCACCACGACGACACAAAGGACGAGGCGGCCACCACAAACCCCCCGGGAGCAUCUGUCACGGACGAUUCUGGAGCGACGAGCUUUUCUACCAUGACGGCAGGGCUCGCCCUGUUGUUGGCGGCUUUCUUCAGUUGAAAGUGUACCUAGACUAGCUAGCUCGGACAUAUCAGAAAGCGAUAAUGGUGUUUUAGAUGAAGAAUGAAACAAGUGGAUUGCUACGAACCUACCGGUAUAUGGUCAUACGGGGAAAACUUGAAUGCGACUUUGGAUGUGCCAACAAGAGAUCUCUACUCAGCAAUGUCAAGAAAGCAGUGCACGUCAUCCUACAUGAAUAACUUAACUAAACAAAAUUGUGUGUUGCUUGUG